AUGUUGUCCCCUUUCCACUCCCCACUUAUUACCAGCACCCGCAUUUCUACGCCUCAGGCACAUAACGACCGUUAUCGCGAUAGUGAAGAUGCAGAGCCUCAGGCGGGUUUAGAAGAAUUCAAAUUGUCUGUGAGAGAGCCUGUCAGCGGUGACGCGAAUGAGCAGGGCUUCUUGACUGGACCUACCCGGCUGGAGACUUUACCUGCUUGGAGACGUGGACUGGCCACGAACUCUCCCUUCACUACACCUGGGAGCAACGAGUCUGAUAAUGUACUACCAUUGCUCGCCAACUCGAGUCGUACCCCGAACUACUCUCGGAAACGGUGCAGGAAGCCUAAGCUGACCCGCUGCGUGUUAUUCCCUCUCCUGGGAUUCUUCGUCAUGCUAGGAAUCAUCCAGUUCAUUAUUAUUGCCUGUGGCAUUGUCAUAACCUUCUUCUCGGAUGACGUCGACCGCUUCUCAGUUCUCCGUUGGCAACACGAGGAAAGAUUGGGCGCGAACGUCUCUCAUUGGCCCACAGAUUUUACUAGAGAUAUUAUCCCAGUUGGAUGCCAUUCACACAAUGACUAUUGGCGGCCAGUGCCCCUGUUCUCUGCUAUACAGGCGGGCUGCAUUGGUGUGGAAGCCGACGUAUGGCUUUUCGACGACGAAUUAUACGUGGGCCAUACCACUUCGUCGCUGACACAGCAGCGCACACUGAGGAACUUAUACCUGAAUCCCUUGAUAAGGAUACUAGAGAAACAAAACCCAACUACCAAGCUCCACCCUACUGUAGAUCAGUCGUUGCAGGGAGUUUUCGACACUGACCCAUCCCAAAGCCUUAUCCUCCUCAUUGAUUUCAAAACUGACGGAGACGCGACAUGGACUACGGUCGUCGAGCAGUUGUCACCCCUCCGUACACGUGGCUAUCUUACCCACUUUAACGGUACUGAUGUGGUCAAAGGCCCCAUCACGGUUGUGGGAACGGGCAAUACUCCCUUCAACAUGGUAGCCGCGAACACCACGUAUCGAGACAUCUUCUUCGAUGCUCCUCUGGAGAGAUUGACCGAGGACUAUGACAUGGAUAAAGCUGGGAGUCAAGACGUGGAAGAUUACAUCCCAGAGGAUGAAGGGGUGAUCACGGACCGGUCCAACCAGAAUGUCGGUCAGGGCCUCUCGGGCUUAUCCGGUGACGAGCUUGGCCCCGGCACGUUCAACUGGACCAACAGUUACUAUGCAUCUGUUUCUUUUAGGCAGUCGAUCGGGUUUCCCUGGUUGUUCCACCUCAGUGAUCGACAAAUGGACAAGCUAAAAGCGCAGAUCCGGGGUGCCCACCAGCGCGGACUCAAAGUUCGGUACUGGGAGUUGCCUAGCUGGCCUCGGAGCUUGAGGAAUCAUAUCUGGACCGUUCUGGUUCGCGAAGGGGUUGAUAUCCUCAACGUUGACGAUCUACAGAGUGCCACUAAGCAGGACUGGAGACCCAGGUUCUCUGAUUGGUGGCACUAA